CAAAGGAGGUUCCAGCUCCAGCAUGAGAUAAUAAGGACGGUGCUGCGACAUCACCUGCAACAGCAGGAACAGCAACAGCAGACAUUGAUGUGGCUGUUGCAGUCAAUUCAGCCGCCGGCGUUGCAGGAGGAUGAUAUUAGCAGUCAUGUAGCAGAAAUCUUAAGCGCGUGGGCAGAGUGGCAGCCAGCUGCGGAAGUGGCCGGGGCGCCUGCACCGACGGAAGACGUCGAUGUCAGACUGGCAAAGAUGCUGGAGUCGCAGAGUCUACCCACGACGACGCAGAGGAGCUACACGGAGGAGGAGAAACGAAUACGGGAGGCUAUACUAGCGCAAUACAGUCAAAUGUCUGACGAAGACAAUAGCGAGGGAGACAAGGAAGAGGAUGGAGCGAACGGCGGAGACUGUGGAAUCGAAAAGAACUUAAACGCAGCUACUAUCGUACAGCAGGAGAGAGAAAAGAGAGAAAAAGCCAAGCUGGAGAGCCAGAAGAAGAAGGAGAAGGACAAGGAAGACAGAGAGAAGCAAAAGCAAUUGAAGGAAGAGAAAAAAGAGAAAAGAAAAACCCAAAAGGGAGAGAGGCGGAGGUAGCAUCGAAACAAAAGCGUUGGAAGAUUUACUUCGAGAUUAUUGACUACAUAUAUGCUGUGGUAUUCAUAUAUAUAUCUAUCUAUAUUGUCGUGCAUGCAACGAUCUCCGACAGUUAUUUAAAAUCAGUCAUCGAUCUUAUAUUUUCAUUAGAAGAAUAUGUGUGUGUAGCAUCCAUCCAUCUGUCGUUAGAAGCCGAAUUCACAGAUUCAGUACGAAUGCAUACGUCGCCAAGGAGUACAUACAUAUAAUGUUAGAUCAUCCUGUGCCUUCUGUCUCUCUAAAACUGUCCUUUUCCUCAAAGAGGUUCGUUACUUACUCAUCCUUUUUUUCAUUCUUUAUACACUCCUAGCGUUCUUCAUAGUCUGUAUUCAGAACUCGCAUCUAUUUUCACUAAUUAAAAUUAGCAGCGAAAUAAUUCAUCGUUUUAAACAAUGGUUCUGAAUAUCGACAGACCUUUUUGCUCAUCCGGUCUGCUUAUUGCGUUGUAUCUCAUACAAGUGAUGUAUUUAAUACGAGUAUGUUAAAUAAACUAUUUAAAUCACUGAUA